AUGGCUUCAGCAAGGAAAGAAUCCAAGAAGAGUCACAACCCAGUAGAGAGUGUUUGUCGAAAAAUCAGAGCCAUUCGGAAGAGAGAGGCCAUUUUGAAUCCGAUUCGACAGAUUGCUAAAUGCAAGUCCAGCAGCCCUGACAGUCCACAGUCUAAAACCAAGAGAGCCUUUGGGGAGAUGCUGGGGGAAACGACUGCUACUCAUGUUCCUGUACUGGACUCGCACUUCUCAGGUUCUGAGAGAAGGCACAGUCUCGUUUCUCGCCCUGAAACCAUGUCCUCAAGAACCUCGCCCAGCUCUCCUCAGGACAGCCUGGACUUGGUUGUUCUGAAGAGUUCUGAGAGCUGCCCACGGCAGAGACCAUGGAGCGACCAGCGUCCUCCAUCUUUGGAGUCUCAGUCUGGCUGGGGGUGCUUCCCCAGCAAGGAUUUAGAUGGGUUGAAAACAGAAAGUGAGGGUAUCCAGGAAGAUGGAGCCUACAGUGCUCAUGGAGAAGAAUUUCUGGCAGGUGUUUUUCAUGAGUGCAACACUAAGCACACAGGCACAGUAGGAGUCAACAAAAUAAUGACUUACCUGAGACAAACCACCAGCCAAGACUCAGAAGACAGUGUCCUUGAAGAGCUAGGGACCAUGCUUGAUCCUGAAAAUACAAACCCAUGUGUGGACCUGGACACCUUCCAGGGCAUCGUGAAGGAGUGGAUAGCUCACUCUAUGAGCAGGAGGGACAUGUCUGACUUGAUCGCGUGUGUUGCGGACCUGCUCUCCAACAAGCAAAAACUGGAAGAGGAGAACAGGACAUGUAAACUGGCAUUAGAAGCCAUGGAAGAAGCCAACAGGCAGCUGGCAGAGGACUGCACCAGCCUACACCUUCAGAUGAAAACUGCCCAGCAAGCUGUCAGGAGAGGCAGUCUUUUGAAGGAAGAGCUGGAGGACCUGAAGGUUACCAUGGCUGUGUCAGAAGAGCAGAAGACCAUGGCUGUGGCCCAGAACAAGCAGUUAGAGACAGAAAUCAGGACUCUGAUUCUUAAGAUUCGGGCUCUCCAAGAAGAGAAUACUAAGAAUGUCAUGGACAUAAACUCUCUGGAAAAGAAGAUUGAGGAAGUAUCUGAAACCAAGAAAGAAUGUCAAAUGCAGCAGCACAUGUAUGAGGACAUGCUACUUACUAAAGAUGCAAGCUUGCAAAAGAAGGAUUUAUGCAUAGAAGAACUUGAGUCAACCAUCAUGGAAUACAGAAGCAUUAUAGAGAAUUUACGAGAAGAUAAGAACAACCUGGGCCAGGAGUUACAGCUCUUGCAGCACAAAGUCAUUGUGAACGGAAUCCAGGAGCACGACAAGGACAUGUCCUCUGAAGGGGAGAAGUCUCUAUACCAUGAGCUCACUCUUGCCCAGGCUGCAGAGACUGCGUCCUACCACCCUCCAGUCGACCACUGGAUUGAGCUCAAGAAAAACUAA